UCAGAGUGCCGUGGCCAUGUACGAUGGGGCGAGGGUUCCCUCCCCUGAGGAUGCCGCUAACGGGGUCCCGCUGCAGCCCGAGACCCCCGCAGCCACAUGUCCCAAAGCUGACGAGCAGCCGGAGGAGAAAGAGGGAGUCCCGCCUGAGCCUGUCCUGGUGAAGAAGGCUCACCGUGAGAUUCUGGACCAUGAGAGGAAGAGGAGGGUGGAGCUGAAAUGCAUGGAGCUUCAGGAGAUGAUGGAGGAACAGGGAUAUUCCGAAGAAGAAAUCCGACAGAAGGUUGGAACAUUUCGGCAGAUGCUGAUGGAAAAGGAAGGCGUGAUAACUCGAGAAGGCUUGCACCCACGUCCACCGGUUAGGCUGCUUCCUCACGGGGAUGAAGAUCACGUGGGAAAUGCUGCGUACGUCGAGGGCUUUGAGGAAGACUAUGAUUGGGAUGGAGAAUAUUACGAGCAAGAUUCAGCUGCCUACGAUGACUGCAGAUCCAAGAGGAAAUCCAGCAGUUCACCUUCUCCUCGGCCAAAAAAGAGGAAAAAGAAGAAGGCAAGAAGACACAGUCGAGCUGACAGCCCGUCUCCAACCAGCAGAGACAAGAGGAAGAAAAGCGGAAAGAAACACAAGAGAGACAGGUCCACAUCUGGCUCAAGGAGGAAGAGGAGACACAGAUCUGGGAGCCCCAAAAACAAACACAAAGACAAGAACAAACAGAAGAAGAGGUGUUCAGUGGAGUCUCCGGGCAGGAGUUCUCAGCACAGAGGCAGCUGCUGUAGUUCCCGCAGCGGAUCCGUCUCCUCCACCGCCAGCAUCUCCAAAUCACCCAGCAGAUCAAGUGCAAAGUGCAGGAACGACAGGCACAAACAGGAAGGAAGUCACUCCAGCCACAGCCCACCGCCGUCCCCCACCACUGACCAGCCAAUCACGUGGCAGAAUGGGAACCACAGCAUCCGUGUACGCAAUGGCAAAGAUUCAGAAGCCAAUCACACGGAGGGGAAUAAAGGGAACGAUAAGCUUCGAUCUCUGGCUCCGUCUCCCUCGAGCACGCAGACGCACGCGUCGCCUCAUCUAAGAGUUGCUAAACACCACGCCGACCGUCCCAAGAGCCCUGGAGGACCAGCAGCGCAGACGGGACAGGACGGCUGCGCAGACGACAGGCCGGCGAUGGGCAAACCGCUCUCAGAGUCAUCGGGGAGAUGCGUCGGGAGGCCGAGGGUUCGAGAGAAGGCGUCGCACUCACCGGCGCACAGCAGCGACACUGAGCCACACACCAAACCCAAGAAUCAGAAGAAAACGAAAGCAUCUCAUUCGUCUAAGCGGCACCAUCGCGGACGCGCUCAGAAGCGCCACCGGAGUUCCUCUGUGUCACCGGGUCGGCACAAACACACGUCCAAGAAGAAGAAGAGCAAGAGUCACGGGACGGCCCGGCAGAGGAGCAGCUCCUGGAGCAGCGGGAGGUCAUCGUCACGAGCUCAUUCUAGAGAACGCGGAUCCAGCAAGAACAAAUCACCGCACUGUCAUGUCCGACAGAACAACUCCAGGGAGAGAGACAGUCCUCAUCAUUCGGAUGCAGAACGAGCCCGCCGCCGCUCGCGCAGCUAUUCUCCCAUCCGCAAGAGACGGAGAGACUCUCCCAGCUUUAUGGAAGCUCGCAGGAUCACCAGGUAAAGACAUCUCACACCGCCUCAGGAGUCUGUAGGUGUUUCUCCUUCUGUUUUUGUUUGGGAAUGCAUGGCCAUUUCUUCAUUUACAGGCUGUUUUCAGGUGUCAUAACUGCACUAUCUAGAGGCAAAUGUUUCUUUUUUCAAG